AUGGAGUGGCAAUUUAUAAAGGAGAUGCUUUAUGGACUUCAGUUUCUAAUUCCAUUUGUCAAACUGAUCAUGCAAUGUAUCUCAACACCUAGGUUCUCUCUGAUGUUCAAUGGAACUCUCCAUGGUUUCUUUGAAUCUAAGAGAGGCUUAAGACAAGGGGAUCCUAUAUCUCCAUUACUAUUUGUAAUAAGAAUGGAGCAUCUAUCUAGACUGAUGGCGAAAGUUGGAGACAAGGAAGACUUUUGUUUUCAUGAUAGAUGCACUGAGCUCAAAUUGAACCACCUUGCUUUUGCAGAUGAUGUAAUAUUAUUCAGCAAAGGGAAUGAGAGAAGUGUCAGGUACCUGUUGCAAGCUCUUAAGCUUUUCUCUGUCACCUCAGGAUUGCAACCAAGUCCUACAAAAAUUGCAUUAUAUUGCAGUAACAUGGAGCAAACUGUAGUAGAGAGGCUGCUGAAACUUUCUAGUUUUUCAAGACAGAAUUUGCCUUUUACUUACUUGGGAAUACCUAUCAAUGCAAAGAGAAUAUCAGGAAGAGAAUGUGAGAUACUGAUAGAGAAGAUGACUGCCAGAAUUAGGAGUUGGAGUUCGAGGAACUUGUCUUUUGCAGAGAGAACAGUUUUGAUAAAUUUUGUCCUAAUGGCGAUUCAAGCAUACUGGAGUCAAAUUCUUAUCUUACCAAAGAGAAUAAUUAGAGGCACUGAAGCAGUUUUCAUAGCUUAUCUUUGGAAAGGGCAAUCAAUGUUUCAGGGAGCUGGAGCAAUCAAUUGA